UACAAACAGAGUCCUACAUUUUCGGCUUCAUCUCUGCAAACCAUAAACCCCCUCUCCGAACAAGGUGUGUUUUCGAGGGGGAGAGAAGCACCGAAAAAGGAAUGAUGCAGAGUUUUGUCGCGAGGAGGUUAUUACUGGCGGCAAAUUCUCUGCGCACCGGACGCUGUUUCUCUCAGGUAGCACAGAAGGAGGCUUCGAUUCAGGAGAAUGGCGUUCCCGUUCCGAAAAUGCCCUCGUUCGAUUACUCUCCGCCUCCCUAUACAGGUCCCUCCGCCGAAGAGGUCUUGGCCAAGCGAAGAGAGUAUCUCAGCCCUUCAUUCUUUCACUUCUACUCUAAGCCCCUCAACUUGGUAGAUGGGAAGAUGCAGUAUUUGUUCGAUGAGAACGGCCGGAGAUAUCUAGACGCCUUUGGAGGGAUUGCUACGGUAUGCUGCGGCCACUGUCAUCCCGAUGUGGUCGAUGCUAUUGUCAACCAAACCAAGCGCUUGCAGCACUCCACAGUCCUCUAUCUCAACCACGCCAUCGCUGAUUUCGCCGAGGCCUUGGCCUCGAAGUUACCGGGAAAUCUCAAGGUGGUGUUCUUUACGAAUUCUGGGACGGAAGCAAAUGAAUUGGCAAUGAUGAUAGCAAGGUUAUACACGGGGUGUCAUGAUAUGGUAUCAUUGAGGAAUGCUUAUCAUGGGAAUGCAGCCGGGACUAUGGGUGCCACUGCACAGCGUAUCUGGAAAUUCAACAUUGUACAGAGCGGAGUUCAUCAUGCCAUGAACCCAGACCCAUACAGAGGGAUGUUUGGAUCAGAUGGAGAGAAAUAUGCCAAAGAUGUGCAUGAUCUUAUUGAGUUUGGAACCUCGGGCAAUGUCGCUGGUUUCAUAUCAGAAGCCAUACAGGGAGUAGGGGGCAUUGUAGAAUUGGCCCCAGGUUACUUACCUGCUGUUUAUAAGACCAUCAAAAAUGCAGGAGGCCUUUGCAUUGCUGAUGAGGUACAGGCUGGGUUUGCCCGCACAGGAAGCCAUUUCUGGGGUUUUGAGGGUCAUGGUGUCGUUCCUGAUAUAGUCACAAUGGCAAAGGGUAUUGGAAAUGGAAUUCCUCUUGGUGCUGUGGUAACAACCCCUGAAAUUGGUGAAGUUCUUACUCGUCGGAGUUACUUCAACACCUUUGGUGGGAACCCUGUUUGUACUGCUGCAGGGCAUGCUGUGUUAAGGGUUAUUGAGAAAGAAAAGCUUCAGGAUAAUGCAUUCAAAGUAGGAUCUUAUCUGAAGCAACGACUUGUUGAACUCAAAGACAAACAUGACAUAAUUGGAGAUGUGAGGGGAAAAGGACUUAUGCUUGGAGUUGAACUCGUGACUGACCGCAAACUGAAAACUCCAGCAAAAGCAGAAAUUCUGCAUGUAAUGGACCAGAUGAAAGAACUGGGCGUAUUGAUCGGGAAAGGAGGAUUCUAUGGAAAUGUAUUUAGAAUUACUCCUCCUCUCUGCUUUACCAAGGAAGAUGCAGAUUUCCUUGUUGAUGCGAUGGAUUACACAAUGUCGAAGAUGUGAAGAAGCUGGCUAGUUAAAUACUAUAUAGAUCAGGUGAUGUGUUGUGCCUUUGAUCUAUUGCGUGUCUUAUAUGUGAUGAACAUAAUUUAUCUGUUAGGGUUUCUUCUUCUGUGAGUUGCUACUUGGGAAACGAUGAGCCAACAUCUUGUUGCCUCUCGUUCAAUAAUUCUCUGUAAUGUUCAAUAAUUCUCUGUAAUGUCCAUGCGCAUAACUAUCUAUUUACCUCGAGACUUCCCAAAAAUUUCAAGGAAAAACGUGCAAUAUAUACAUAUAUAUAAAAAUAUUUUCCCGUUUAAUGAUACUGAA